UUAUUAGGUUAUCCACCAUCAAAUAACAAUGACUUAACUUGUCACAAAAGUGGUUUUCACAAUUUCAGUGGUAAAAAAAUAUUUCAGUGAGAUACCACUUUCGAGUCCAAUGUAUUGACUGACCCAUGGGCUUGGUUGGAUGUUCAUUUACCUCUUAUGGCUCUUCGGUCGUGCUUUAGAAGAAGGCUGAAAGGCCCAUAGCAAGUCCAGUUCUCUGUAUCGUCAUCCUUCCCUUGGCUUCUCAGCUCUCGCCUUUACUUUACAGGGAAGAGUUAAGUCGCAGACUUGCAGUAGCGGAACAGAGAGGGUUUUAGAAAUUUGUACGAGAGCGCUAUGCCGGAAGCUAAGAGCAGAAAGCGCAAGCGAGGGAAGAAGACUGGCAGCAAGCCGCAAAUUCAACAACAGAAGGAGAUUAAGUCGAACGACAACACAAAGGCCAAACAUGGUGGUCAAAGUAACGAACUUGCUGCCGCUUCGAAGCGGCCAAAGCCGUCGUCUUCUUCUUCUUUCCUUGAUAAGAUGAAAGCCAGAUUAGCUGGAGGGCAUUUCAGAAUGCUGAAUGAAACGCUCUACACUUGCACUGGAGGGGAGGCAUUUAACUAUUUCAAAGAAGAUCCAUCGUUAUUUAACAUGUAUCAUGCAGGGUAUCAAGAACAAAUGGCACACUGGCCUGAGCAACCUGUAAAUGUAAUCAUAAAGUGGCUAAAAGAUCAUAACCGUUCGUUUGUUGUUGCCGAUUUUGGCUGUGGAGAUGCACGCCUAGCGAAGAAUGUAAAGAAUAAGGUGUUUUCUUUUGAUCUCAUAUCCAAGGAUCCUUCAGUAAUUGCUUGUGAUAUGUCAAAAACACCCCUUGAUUCUUCAACUGUAGAUGUAGCUGUGUUUUGCCUUUCACUGAUGGGCACUGAUUAUCCAAGUUACCUCAACGAAGCACAACGGGUGCUUAAGCCAGGUGGUUGGCUUCUGAUAGCAGAGGUAAAAAGUAGGUUUGAUCCAAUUACUGGAGGGGCAGACCCAAAUAAGUUUGUGAAAGCCAUUUCCGAGUUGGGAUUUACAUCUGUGCUGAAGGAUUUCUCAAACAAAAUGUUCAUUUUGUUCCAUUUCCAGAAGAAGGAGAAACGGGAAAGCUCGAAGAGUAAAGCAAUUGAGUGGCCGGAGUUGAAGCCUUGCUUAUACAAGCGUCGGUGAUAUCGCAAAGUCCAAAGCCUACUUACUGUUUAGGUUCAUAGGAGUUGUGGUUUGAUUUGACACUAUCCUUAAGAUAUACAGCUUCUGAUUCUCUUAUAUGUAGCAAGUAUCUCCCUUUGUCAGCUUGCUUGAUGGAAUGCCUUGGUAUUUGCAUAAAACUGAGGCUUGACGAGUUUAAGGAAUGAGAAAAUGCCUAAUGUUUUGUCUUUGUAUUCCGAGUUCGGACUUCGGACAUAGGUUGAUCCAAGCUCACUCACAUUGUAUCUCUUUUUGUAAGCGUGCUUAAUGAAGUGCCUCGGUUUUGGUCUUGUCCCAAUGAAUAAAGCUUGUGAUCUUCCAUUAAUGAACCCAAUUUCGGUUCCAUGAGUUUGUUUCUUUGAGGAAUUGGCUUCUGAGAACUCUCCAUCCUUAUCAUAGCCGUAUUGGUUAGAUAAUUCUGCUUCAGUUAUGAGAGUAUGCGUAGGACGAGUAGUAUUGUGUUAUACUAGGAGUACUAGUAUGUAAUUGGGUAGAGUUAUAUUCCUUAUUAGUAGCAGUUUUCGUGGGGCAUGGUCUUCUUCAACAUCGACACGAAGUUUGGGAUUAGUAGCAGUUAUCGGUUUCUUAGUUUUUUUUUCUUCCUCUUUUUGUGUUAGUUUUUGUUUCGGUUUUCAAAUUGUUGGUAUGUAAUUACCAUCAAUUUGGGGAGGGUAUAGAGUAUGUGUAGUACGAGUAGUAUUGUGUUAUACUACGAGUACUAGUAUGUAAUUGGGUAAAGUUAUAUUCCUUAUUAGAGUCGUAGAAGUUAGGUUAUUUCCGUUGCGUUAGGAUUAUUUUAGAAGUCACUCUUUGUACUCUAUAUAAACUAUAGACCAGGAAACCGGAUCGUACCGGCCGGUUCAACCGGAAAUUGGACCAAAAGCGGUACGGUGGGCUGCUUGUGCUGAUUUUACCGUGCCGGCCGGUUUUUUCGGUUUGACCGGUUGAACCGGCCGGUACGAUCCGGUUUCCUGGUCUAUGAUUCAGCUUCAUUUCUACGUAUUCUCGUCCAAUAUGUGAAAAAUAAUUAAAAAAGAAUAUUAUUUUGCUAUUUUUCUAUGUUGAAAAUGGGUCACCGUGGUUGUAUAAUGCUCUAUUUGGUUCUUUUUUUGAUGAAUUAUAUUUUUUAUACUAUCGUAUUUCAUUUCUCUAUCAAUAGUGAAAAACGGUAUUUACCGGUACAAAACGGUUGAACCACGGUCGUACCACAAAAUACCAUACCAGAAAGAAAUCCGGUAUGAUGUCCGGUACGGUUUCCUUUACCAUGAUAUAAACCCUAUGUGGUAUCAGUAAUAAUACACAACAGUUUCCAAUGUAUUCUGAUUUCUUAACAUCAAUGACCUCAAAAUGCAAUGCAUUAUGCACCCAUCGGGCUCCUUGGCUCUUUUUAACUAUUAUGACGGAGAAAGAAAAAUAGCAAAGAAGUAGACCUCGCAAAUUACCAUCCGAUUUGUUGAUCCGAUCCGAAGUCGCUCAAAAAAUAGAAGUUUUUAUAAUCCAAAAAUCGGAAUGAUCCAAACUCGAUUAACCUGUGGUUUUUUGGGUCAGAUUGAUGGGUUAGCCGAUUGACCCAUUAAACCCAUUCUAUUUCAUAUGUCAUUCAAAAAAAUGAUAAAAUCACUCAUAAAUUGUUGAGAUGUUUAAAAAAAUUCACAAGAUUUUGAAAGACAUGUUUGGAGUUUAAUUAAGGAUAAUCAAAUAUCAUGUGUUUCUUGUAGUAGUAUUACUCUUGUGAUUAUUUUUUGACAAUUUAUGCAAUUUGUAUUUCAUUUCAUUAGCAUGGGGAAUUUGAGAAUAUGUUAAUGAACAUGUUCUAGGUAA